AAGUGUUUUAACUUGAAAAUCUCUAACUUUUAGAGAAACACAUUUCCAUUCAAAGAGAGCUUGCUGAUCUAGCAAAACUAGCUGACCUGAGUGAAGGUGAUUUUACCGCUGUACCCCAGAACACAGAUCAACAUGUUGCAGCUGGAAAGAAACCUUGUCCGCUGUGUCCUGAAGAGAAAUUCAAAGCUUGCUAUAGUCAUAAGCUCCAUCGCCACCUUCAAAAUUUGCAUUGGAAAGUCUCUGUUGAAUUUGAAGGAUACAGAAUGUGCAUCUGCCACUUACCUUGUCGCCCAGUGAAACCAAAUCUCAUUGGAGACCAGAGCUCUACAAAGAUGGGAGCCCAUUAUCACUGCAUCAUUUGUUCCGCAACCAUCACACGAAGGACGGACAUGAUAGGGCAUAUUAAGCGCCAUGUGAAUAAAGGAGAAACUGAGUCAAGAUAUACUGCAGCCCCUGCUCCUAAGUCUUCUCAUGAAGUGCUGAAAGAAGCAGACACGGAUGUACAAGUUCUUCCAAACUACUCCACACCUCAGAAAUCAGAUUCUUAUUUUAAUCCCAAAAUGAAACUCAACAGGCAAUUGAUAUUUUGUGCAUUAGCUGUUUUGGCUGAAGAACGGAACCCUUUAGAAUGUUUGGAUGCAUUUGGGGCCACUGGUAUAAUGGGAUUACAGUGGGCAAAGCACCUUGGAAAUUCUGUGAAAGUUACAAUUAAUGAUUUUAAUGAAAAUUCUGUGACAAUGAUUCAGGAAAACUGCCAUUUAAACAAGAUGAAGGUGGUGAUGAACACUAAGGAAGAGGACGACUGUGAGGAAACUAUGGACGAAGGAGAGGAAAAUGUAGGCAUCAUUGAAGUGACAAAAAUGGAUGCUAAUGUCAUAAUGCACUUGAGAUCCUUUGAUUUUAUACACUUGGACCCAUUUGGAACAGCUGUGAACUACCUGGAUUCUGCAUUCAGAAAUGUAAGAAAUCUUGGAAUAGUAUCGGUGACAUCCACAGACAUCAGUUCUCUGUAUGCAAAAGCUCAGCAUGUGGCCCAGCGCCACUAUGGCUGUAACGUUGUCAGAACGGAGUACUACAAGGAAUUGGCAGCUAGAAUAGUAGUUGCUGCUGUGGCAAGAGCUGCAGCUCGAUGUAAUAAAGGCAUUGACGUUUUGCUAGCAGUUGCUCUAGAACACUUUGUCCUAGUAGUGGUGAGAGUUUUGAGGGGACCAUCUCCCGCAGAUGAUUCUGUCAAGAAAAUUCGGUAUCUUAUCCAUUGCCAGUGGUGUGAGGAAAGGAUUUUUCAGGAGGGUAAUAUGAUAGAAGAAAAUCCUUACCGGCAACUAUCUUGUGACUGCCAUGGAAGUAUGCCUGGGAAGACAGCAGUAGAGCUUGGUCCUUUGUGGUCAGGGUCCCUUUUCAACACUGGAUUCCUCAGAAGAAUGCUGUUUGAAGCUGUUCAGCAUGGCUUGGAUGAGAUUCAGCCACUUCUAAAGACACUAAUCUGUGAAGCAGAGUGUACAACUCUAAAGCAGUUUUCAAUCCAUGGUCCUGCCAGCCAGAACAAACAAGAAGAAUGUGGGGUCUUUAUUAAAACACCAGAUACUGCAGCUGACUACUAUGUGGUACAAGGUAAAAGGAAAAGUAAUGAAAUGAGUAGAAACAUCGCAAAAAGACAGAAGUCUGAAAGCAACGCUGAGCAUCCUGCAUUUUACUAUAAUAUCCAUAGACAUAGCAUCAAAGGAAUGAACAUGCCAAAGUUAAACAAGUUCUUACAGUAUCUCUCCCAAGCUGGCUAUAGAGUAAGCCGAACCCAUUUUGAUCCCAUGGGAGUUCGCACAAAUGCACCUUUGGCCCAGUUUAAAUCUAUCCUUGUGAAGUACAGCACUCCCACCUACAUUGGGGGGCAGGCAGAAGGCCCUGUGCAGUCCACUGAAGAUGCCCAGGCAGCAGACAAUAUCCACACUGCUGCCGCCGAGGACAAGGCAGGAGACAUGGAGUUCACAGAAGCUAGUGAAUCAGAAGCCACACUCUUGUUCACAAAAGACAGCUAUCAUGAUAACUUCACUGCUGCUGAAUGUAAAUAGUGUGUUAAUUUGAGAGUUACAACUAAGCCCUACUCAUGUAAACCAAUCUACAGAACUGGCUUUGAAAGCUUGGGCUGCCAGUAUAGUUUUAAUGUGUGGGAAACAUUUCAUAAUUACACCAGAAGAACUUGUAAUUGAUCAGUGUAUGUGGUCAAGUUACUAUUAAUGGGGGAAAACUGUAGUGUUAUUGACUUUUAUGCUCUUGUCUUUCUUUUAAACACUGGCAUUUUGUGACUGUCCGAUUUUCAAAGAGCCUUAUCAAAGUGCUAGUACAGUUUCCAGUACGGUGGAUAAGCAAUGGGGCCAAAAGGCUUAAGCAUCUCUGUAAAUGUGGCUAGUGCACAAUCUAUUAAAUGAGCCAUCAGGCUUGGAGCUUGACUGAUUAGAAUUUAGCAAUAGGUCAAAAUUGUAAGACACCAAAAUGUACUAUAAAAUGAGGUAUUCAAUUUAAGCAAGCCAGAACAUUUUAAAUAGGUAUAAUUUUAUACCUUAUGUAGCAAAUAAUGUUACAUACAAGAUCUAAAGGCAAGUGGAGUGGGAAUGAAAUUAAAACUUUUUACUGUUUGAAUUUUAUAAGUAGCUACUUUGCAGAAGAUAAUACUUACCUGCAAGCUAUCACCAAGAGAGGACUGAGUGGCAAAGAGUUAAUUCACCAGGAUUUAACUUGUGGGCCCUACAUCUUUCACAGGUAGUAUUUGAUGAAUAAGUCAAUAUGUGUCAUCUAUAGCUAUCUGAUUCAACCUGCUUGUGAGUUUCCUUUUACAAGUCUGAUUAAAUUUUUACAUAAAUCUUC